UCUUCUUUGAUUCAAACAAUUAUUCAUCAUGACCAUUUUUACUACACAAAUUUCACUUCUUUUGCUUAUACUUUUAUCUAUAACCACAUUCCACAAAACGGUGUGCAGCAAUCACACAUUGGUUCGAUGCAAUGAGAAAGAUCGAGAGACACUAUUAACCUUCAAAGAGGGAAUCAAUGAUAGUUUUGGUAUGAUUUCAUCGUGGUCGAUUGAAAAAGAUUGUUGUUCUUGGGAAGGAGUCUACUGUGACAACAUUACUAGUAGAGUUACAGAAAUUGAUCUCAAAGGACAUACUUUUCAUGAGUCAGUCAAACUUUUGAAAGGUGAGAUGAAUCUUUAUAUUCUAGAACUUGAGUUUCUCAGUUACUUGGAUUUGAGUUUCAAUGAAUUUGACGUGAUAAGAAUUCCGUCCAUUCAACACAACUUCACACAUUCAUCUAACCUUUUGUUCCUUGACUUAUCCUUCAACUACAGUCCUACUCUGCACAUGGAUAAUCUUCAAUGGCUUUCUUCACUUUCUUCCUUGAAAUAUCUCAACCUCGGUGGAGUCUUUGGAGUUGAUCUUCAUAAGGUAACCAAUUGGUUUGAAGUAGUGACUUCACUUCCUUCACUAUUAGAAUUACAGUUGAGUCGGUGUAACCUGAACAACUUUCCAUCUGUUGAGUUUUUGAAUUUGUCUUCAAUUGUAAGUCUUGAUCUUUCUUCAAACAAUUUCACCUUUCAUUUACCUGAUGGGUUUUUUAAUCUCACCAAAGAUAUCACCUAUCUUGACCUUGCGAUGAAUAAUAUAUAUGGUGAGAUACCUUCAAGCUUGCUAAACCUUCCAAAUUUGAGACAACUUGAUCUUUCAUCGAACAUGUUAAGUGGUUUCAUUCCUUUAACUCUAGGAAACCUCUCAUCCUUAAAUUUGUUAUCUAUUGGCUCUAAUAAUUUCUCUGGUGAAAUUUCUAAAUUAACUUUUUCCAAACUCUCUAGUUUAGAUUCACUAGACUUGAGUAAUUCAAAUUUUGUAUUCCAAUUUGAUUUGGAUUGGGUUCCUCCUUUUCAACUCUCUUACCUGUCAUUGAGUAAUACAAAUCAAGGCCCAAACUUUCCAUCUUGGAUAUAUACACAAAAGUCACUGUUUGAUCUCCGCUUAUGGAGCUCGGGAAUUUUAUUGGUAGAUAGAAAUAAGUUUACGAAUCUUAUAGAAAGAAUACGCGGUGUACUUUUUCUGUCAAACAAUUCAAUUUCUGAAGACAUAUCUAACCUAACACUUUCUUGUUCAUUGUUACAUUUGGAUCACAAUAAUUUCACAGGUGGACUCCCAAACAUAUCACCAAUGACCAAUCAUGUUGACGUGUCUUUCAACUCCUUCUCUGGAUCAAUUCCACAUAGUUGGAAGAACUUGUCAGAAUUGAAAGAGUUGAACCUAUGGAGUAAUAGGCUAUCUGGUGAAGUUCUAGCUCACCUCUCUGCUUCAAAUCAAUUGCAAUUCUUGAAUUUGGGAGAAAAUGAAUUUUCUGGAACCAUACCAAUCAAGAUGUCACAAAACUUAUAUUUGGUCAUAUUGAGAGCUAAUAAAUUUGAAGGGACUAUUCCACAACAACUAUUCAAUCUCUCUUAUUUGUUUCACUUAGACCUUGCACAUAACAAACUUUCAGGAUCUUUUCCACACUGCAUCUACAACUUGACUAAUAUGGUUACUUUUCAUUUUUAUUCAUAUUAUGUUAACACAAUUGAGUUAUUUACCAAAGGUCAAGAAUAUGUGUAUGAUGUUAAGCCGGAUAGGCGAACUAUUGACCUUUCAUCCAAUAGCUUGUCUGGAGAAUUGCCAUUGGAAUUGUUUCACCUUGUUCAAGUUCAAACGUUAAACUUAUCUCACAAUAAUUUUGUUGGAACAAUACCAAAAGAUAUUGGAUGCAUGAAGAAUAUGGAAUCUCUUGACCUCUCUAGUAAUAAGUUUUAUGGUGAAAUUCCUCAGACCAUGUCUAUCUUAACCUUUUUGGGUUAUUUGAAUCUAUCUUACAACAAUUUUGAUGGAAAAAUUCCAAUAGGAACUCAACUUCAAAGUUUUAAUGCAUCGAGUUACAUUGGGAAUCCUAAACUAUGCGGAGCUCCUCUUAAUAAUUGUACCGCAGAAGAAGAAUCUAAAAAUGCAACACAAUCUACAAGGAAUGAGGAUAGUGAAUCCAUAAGAGAAUCAUUGUAUCUAGGCAUGGGAGUUGGAUUUGCAGUAGGUUUCUGGGGGAUUUGCGGUUCUUUGUUUCUUAUUAGGAAAUGGAGGCAUGCAUACUUUCAGUUUAUUAAUAGAGUAGGUGACAAACUCUAUGUUACUUUGAUCGUAAAGUUAAACAGGUUUCAAAGAAAUUAAGCUCCUGCCAGUUAAGGUGAUUAUUAAUGUGGAAGAUUCUGCAUUUUUGUGAAAAUCGUGGAUAUCAUUUUACAAACAGAUAAGAGUUGUAUGAGAUGAGAUCAGACAUGACUGUACAGCUGCUCCUGCUCAUUUCAGAUUUCAGGGAAUGAAUGCAUUCAUAUUGUCAACUGUUCUACCCAUAUCUCUCUUUUAUUAUUGUACCAAAUGUAGUGAUUUUAGACAAUCUUACAGAUAGUUUUGUGGAGAA